AUGCGUGGUUAUAGGACAAUGGCAAGAACAAGAACUAGUGCUGGAACUAGCGGCGGUCGUGGAAGAGGCCGUGGUGAAAACGAAGACUCUGGGCAAGGUCGUGGUAUGGGUCGAGGAACUGGACGGAGUGGAGGCCGUGGUAUUGGUCGUGGCACUGGGCCUGAAGUAGUUCAAGGUGUUGGCCGCGGUGCAGGUCGUGGAAACGAACAAGCUGGAGGGCGAGGUACUGGUCGUGGAGUUGGACGUGGUGCAGGCCGCGGUGGCGGCCGAGGUAGUGGUCGUGGACGCGGUCGUGGUGAAGCUGAAAAUGAAACUACUAAUGAGCAAACUGGAAUGUAA